ACCAUAUCAACAGAGUUCUAAAUUACUUGAGCCUCUCUGAAGAGGAAGUAAGCUAUAAUACCAUAUCUGUGCUCUCAGCAGGAUAAUGAGGGUAUUCAAGAAGGCAAGUCCAAAUGGAAAGCUAACUGUGUAUCUUGGCAAGAGGGACUUUGUUGACCAUGUCGACAUUGUAGAGCCUGUUGAUGGUGUGGUUUUAAUUGAUCCAGAGUACUUAAAAGAAAGGAAAGUGUUUAUAACGCUGACAUGUGCUUUCCGCUAUGGGCGAGAGGACUUGGAUGUUCUUGGGUUAACAUUUCGAAAGGACCUCUUUGUGGCCAAUAUACAGGCAUUCCCUCCUGUGCCUGAAGAGAAGAAAAUCCUGACACGCCUCCAGGAGCGGCUGAUUAAAAAGCUUGGAGAGCAUGCCUAUCCCUUCACCUUUGAGAUACCUCCCAAUUUACCCUGUUCUGUCACAUUGCAACCUGGACCCGAAGAUACUGGGAAGGCAUGUGGGGUUGACUUUGAAGUGAAGGCUUUCUGUGCUGAAAAUGUUGAAGAGAAAAUUCACAAAAGGAACUCAGUACGCCUAAUCAUCAGAAAAGUACAGUAUGCUCCAGAGAAGCCAGGUCCACAACCUAUGGCAGAGACAACAAGACAGUUUCUCAUGUCAGAUAAACCCUUACACCUCGAGGCCUCGCUGGACAAAGAGAUCUACUAUCAUGGUGAACCAAUUAGUGUAAAUGUUCAUGUCACAAACAACACAAACAAGACUGUGAAGAAAAUGAAGAUCUCAGUGCGUCAAUAUGCUGAUAUUUGUCUCUUCAACACUGCUCAGUAUAAAUGUCCAGUGGCAAUGGAGGAAUCAGAUGACCUUGUGGCUCCAAGUGCAACGUUCUGUAAGGUAUAUACUCUCACCCCCUUUCUUGCCAACAACCGAGAGAAACGUGGCUUAGCUCUAGAUGGAAAGCUCAAACAUGAAGACACAAAUUUAGCCUCAAGUACACUGUUACGAGAAGGAGCCAAUAAAGAAAUUCUGGGCAUCAUUGUGUCUUAUAAAGUCAAAGUGAAACUGGUGGUGUCUCGUGGUGGGCUCUUGGGAGAUCUUGCCUCCAGUGAUGUUGCAGUGGAGCUACCCUUCAUGUUAAUGCAUCCUAAACCAGUAGAAGAUUCCAUCUACAAAGAUGCACUAGAAAAUGAUCAACCACUUGACACAAACCUGAUUGAGUUUGACACAAAUGAUGAUGAUAUCAUUUUUGAGGAUUUUGCAAGGCAGCGACUUAUUGGAGCAAAGGAUGACAAAGAGGAGGAAGAAGGUACAGACUCACCAAAGCUGAAUGACACAUAGAUGAAGACAACAAAUGUUUUACCUGAUCACACCUGAAGGGAUCAACUGAAAAAAACCUGUAGAGACAAACCAGUUUGUGACUCCCUUUACCACACAUCACUGUGGUGCAGUUGCUGUGCUCCUGUUUACAUACGUUUUCUCCAUCCUGAAUGGGUGUAAAAAUGUCAGUGUUGAAAAACAUUACCUCUUUAAAUAAGCAUUAGUAGGUGAGAUUAAUUCACUGGCUUUCUACAGAGUGCCUACACAGUAUUUAUGGUAAGACACAAUAUAGUAUUGCAUUUGAUCAUGGUUAAAAUUACCUUUAAUAAUAGCAUGCCUUUGUUGUUAUUUUUAUUCCUGUUCUUUUUCCAUUUGAAGAGGAAAAAAAAAUUAGAGACCAUAACUUUGUGAUUAAACCUAUUCAAAUUAUUUCUGUCCUGAACACUUUGCAGUCAAGUAUACAAAAAACAUUAAUCUAGAUUUAUAAAAAUGUUUCCCAUGAAACACCUUCAGGGAGGCUUUUAGUGUAAAUUGCCCUUAGUGAUCACUGUGCACAGUGGUACUUUUGCCACAGGAAGUCAUUUUGAAUCAUUUACGUAAGGGAUACUGGUAGAUAAGAUUACAAAAUAUACAUAAAAGAGAAAUUUUCAUGGGGGAAAGUACCAUUUUUUUCAGAACUUAAUUAAUGGAAUUCAAACUAUUAAUAUAAUUAAACAGAUUUAAUAAGUAACUAGAUAAAAUUACUGUACAUGAGAAUCACCUUUGUAAUUAAUUGUAUUUUUAUUCAUGUAGGGUCUAGGGUAGAACAUAAGCACAAAUUGUGUGUGCUAUGCUGAAAACAAAACGGGCAAAAAUAGGGUUUAAAAAACAAUCAGUCAAAAAACACUACAUCAAGCCAAUGGCUUCAGUCUCCAUCAUUCAAUAUUAAUUUUCUCUAACAUAUUCAGAAAAUAUUUAUUUUCUAGUUGAUACAAUAUAUAAUUGUGCAAUAUAUAGAUAAUUGUUGCAUUGAUUACUGCUUUGUUUCUUGCCUUACAUACAGUUUUGUAAAAAACAAAACAAAAAACAAACAAAAAAAAAACCCACCCCAAAACAGUCUGCUUAAGGAGUACUUGGCUUAAACGAUCAUUGAAAGUGGGUAUAGUAGCAAAGAAAAGUUUAAGAACCACUGCUGUACUUAUGCACAUGAACAAAGAGUAAACCCUAUAGGCAUUAUUGCAAAUCACACACUGUGAACAAUAUUAAAUUUAUUGGUAUUUGGGUAAAGACUGAUUUGGCUCUGUUUUUGUGAAGAUACUGUCUUUGGCAGUGGUAAUAGGAAUAUGAAGAAUAUCUACCAUUCUUAUCACUUAUUUUGUGUUUUGGUAAUGGUCCUGGAAAUUGAAGCCAAUUUUACAAGUUUUUUUUUCCU